AUGGUAGAGAACGCCAUGACUCGGGACAGCGAAAUACCGGCCAUCUUCAAUCCGAAACGCGUCCGUGCUCCCUCUGUCGUCGUGACAGGAGACUCCCCAAAUGGACCCUUCGGAGGUUUCACGAACAACGUGCCACAGAUCACGCACUCAGAUUCGGUGACCUCGAGCCAGCACGAUGGCCAGGACAGUCUGAUCGGCAUUACGGUGACCGGUGGUGGUUGUGACACGCCAACCUCACAACCACACGCACUUCUCGGUGGUGGAGUCGGCCUCACGGGCAGCGGAGUCUCGGGCUCUGCCAGUGCGAAUCCUGCCUCGUCGAGUCCUCCAUCUACGUCACGGCUUAAGGCAUGCCGUGCGUCGUGCUGCUCGGAGUUGGCGCAGAAGAUGUACUUCGGCGUAUGCGUGACGGUCCUUGUGACCGCCUCGUGGGUGGGUGCCACACAUUGCAUCAAGUUCUUGUACCUGCGCCGUAACACCUACGCUUCCACGCUGCCACCGCAUCUGACCGCGUUCAUCACCGACGGCACGUUGGAUGCUGGCGUGGCCGGUUCGGCACCGGACCAAAACUCAACCUCGGCGAUGAUCGUGCACGGGUUUGGACCAACGUCGUCCUUCUUGCCGUCGACCGCCAAACCGAUCAUUACCUCUGACCGCGUGCAACCCCCGAUCACGUCACACGUCUUCAACGCGCCCUUCUUCGCGUCCUGGUUCUGCACCAACUUUGCGAUCCUCUUCUUCCCGAUCUACAUCCUCGGGCGGGUCGCAAUCAAGAAGUGCGACGGUACGGGCGAGGUGUUGGGCGAGAUCCUGCGGGGCUUCCGGGAUCGGGGCUUUACGAUCGGGCGCUUCCUGAACCGCUGCCUCACGUUCUGCAUCCUGUGGCUGCUCACCACCUAUCUGUACGCGCUUUCGCUCAAAGCCCUGCUGGCCACAGACGUGAUGGCGCUGUUCGCGACAAACGUCGCCUGCGUGUACUUGCUGGCCUGGGUGAUACUGCAGGAGCAGUUUGUCGGCGUGCGGAUCGUAGCUGUGAUACUGUGUGAUACGGGUAUUGCACUGCUAGCUUACAUGGACGGCAUUACGGGUAGCCCGACGCUGGGCGGAGUUGUGCUGGCGGCUCUGGCCGCGGCCGGGUACGCCGUCUUUAAGGUGAUGUUUCGCAAGGUGAUGGGUGAUCCACCCGUCGGUCAGAUUGCGUUCACCUUCUCGAUCAUUGGAUUCCUCAACGCGGCCAUCCUGUGGCCCGUCUGCAUUGCGCUCUACUUCACCGGUGCCGAAAUUAUGCCCUGGGAAACCCUUCCCUGGGUUGUGCUGCUGAUGGCCAGUGUGCUAUUACUCGUGUUUCACAUCCUCACUCAGUUCAGCAGUGCCGUAACGUACAACAUGUUCGUCACCCUGGGACUCAUAACGGCUGUGCCCGUCUCUGCCGCACUCGACAUCGUGCUGUAUGGGGCGCAAUUUGCCGGCAUGAAGCUGGCCGGUAUCAUAUUGAUAGCAGUCGGCUUCUUUCUGGUGAUGUUUCCGGACAAUUGGCCCGAUUACAUCACCCGUUUGCUGCGAAAAACUGGUCGCGCAUUACUAAGAAACCAAUGUUGUUGUGAUACUGCUGAUAAUGAUUACGAAAAUUCGAAAUAUCAUCUUGUUGGGUCACAACGCGAGAUGGGGUCGUCAUCCACGAAGCGGAACUCCAUCCCAGCAUCGCGACGUCAUCGACUAUCGGACGGGCUACAUUCGAUCGCAUCUUCGCUCUCCCUCUGGCCGGGUGAGAUGACCGACUUGCAGCAGCAGCAACAGCAGCAUCAUUUGCAGCACCAGCAAAGCCUGCAGCACUUUCAGCACAUCCUUCGCAACGAUAGUAGCAGCGAUUUUGUUGGGUUAAAUCCGCACGCGAAACUGCGCCACUACUCGCUGACCGAAAUGACAACCAACUUCAUCCGUAAACCUGGUUCGAUCAGGCUCAGUCCCGGCUUGGGCACUAGAAGCGGACCCAACUCUCUGACCGCUACAUCUAGCCAUCAUUAUCCAUCACUGAACGGACGCAGCAGCUCGUACGGCUCGUUGGAGUGAAUGGUUCUCGUGGUUCGACAGGUUCGAACACAUCAUACUCAAGACAAUCUCAAGUAGCUGCGAUAAUCUUCAGUUAUUAUUUUAGGAGCCAUGCGUCCAAUGCGUAUCACGUGUUUAGAGCAAAAGGAUUUUAGAAGGCACGUAAAGAUUGUUUUUGAUUUCUCAAAGAUCUUUCACAGCAAUAGUUUCUUUAGAAUGCAAAGCAUUUUUAGGUUGAUGCGAAUGCUCCGAAUUCCAGUUCAUGAUGAUAA